CUUUCCCUUGUUUAUUGUUUUGUUUUUUUACUCCCGCUGUUGGGGAGGUUGUAGUGACCCCCGGUGGGACGGGAGAGCACGUGAGGGAAGAAUGUUUGGAUCCUUGAAGUGUGCAGUAUCUUUCUUAGCGGUGGCGGGGUCAGAGUUGCUGCACAAAAGAGCAAAUCCCCUACUUUUUCAACUGCAGAGAUGUACCUUACUAGCAACCAAGCCUGCAUGUAAAGCAAGAAGUCAUCUGUUUGCACCUUUUAUAUGUACACAGCAGGGUUCACCUUUUUCCCAGCAAGUUGGCUCAGAACCUGGAGAAAAACAGCUUCAGAUUAAUCUCACUAACAGCUGUGUCAAGAGGCUGCGUGAGAUCACAGAGGGCAGUGAGUUUCUGAGAGUGCAGGUAGAAGGAGGAGGUUGCUCUGGGUUCCAGUAUAAAUUUAUGCUGGACACCAUUGUAAACGAGGAUGACAGGGUGUUUGAACAGGACAAUGCACGUAUUGUUGUGGAUAUAGACAGCCUUGAGUUUAUGAAAGGUGCCACAGUAGAUUACAGUACAGAACUAAUCCGUGCGUCGUUUCAAGUGGUGAACAACCCUCAAGCUGAGCAUGGCUGUUCUUGUGGCAGUUCUUUUUCUGUCAAAUUCUGAAAUGUGUUUCAAGUCUGUCCUCGUUCUGGGAUGAGUAUUGGUGAUCUAAGUUUGUUUAUGCAGCUACAUGUGGUAGUGAUGGCAGAGAGGUAUCUGGAGAGAGUUGCACGCAGACACUGAGAUCCUGUUGUGUGUAUACCAAAGACAUGAAAAAUCUGAGGAGAAAGACUCUUCAUUUUGUAUUUCUGCACAUUUCAUAUUUCUUUGUGUAUGUGUGGUAUUCCAUCCUUUUACUUGAAAAGUUUCCUUCAGUUUUGAGUUUUACAUUAUCAUGACAUGAGUGUUCAGAUGCAGAUCUGUGCAUUUAAAUGUUUCAGCAUGCCAUGUGCCAUGUCUACCUUCAGUGCAAUAGCAUCUGUAGAAUAGGCCUGAAAAGGCAACCGUGAACACUAGUAUUAACAUUUAUGCAAGAUGCUGAUUUGCACCUUUAUAGCAAAUUCAUGCCAAUGUAUACACUGCCUUCUGCUAAAACAUUCAAUACAGAAGGACAUGUCCAUUCUACAGCAGUCUACAUUGUAGGUAAAGGCAUCCAGAAUGACAUAGUUUGCACAAUCAAAAUGUGUGCUUUUUGUCCUUAUUUAACAUGUGUGUAUCUGUUUUAAGAGAAUGCAAGUCUUUAUUUUUAAAUAACUCUGUGCUUUCCUUCUCCUGAAAGGUGCAUCAGUGUACUUCAUAUUGCACUUUUGGAUAUUUUUUGAUUAUGACUGACAGUGAGAUGUUUCUAACUGUAUUUUCUACCUCUCCCUGCUCUGCAUUAUCUAGCAGGUGAGUGUUAAAGUAGUUGGAAAAUUUGUGGCAUACAUGAAUUCCUGUCAUUCACUAAACUGAGCACUCUGCUCAGUGUCGGACUUUGUCACACUGCUCACAGUAAGUGCUACAAGUUGUGGCCCAUUAUUUAAUUUGGCAACAAGAUUGACUGUUCUACAUACCCAUUCUGGCCAUGACUUGGGAUGAUUAAAAAGUAACGAUGUGCAUUCA